AUGGUCCCUGAGUCUGUUUCUUGUUUCGACCGCCAAGAGCCUUGGCCACUGAAAGAUGGCAAAGUCAAAAAAGCCGAGCGUUCCAAACUUGGAACUCCACGACUCGCCCAACGGUCUACUGCAUACGGUCGCUGGGGGUUCCGGACAGUGAUAUCCUAUCUGGUAAUACUGACCGCAGUAUCACCGAUUCCCAGCAUCAUGGUUUCUAUCUUGCUGGUACCCAUUUCCACCCAGAUUAGCUGCGGCGCAUUUGCUCUCUGGUCGGCAAAUGUGGACGAGUUCGUCCUUUGUUCUGCCGUGAUUGUGGCGCUGGCACUACGCAUGUUUCAGCUUCCGACCCGACCACCUGGCCAACCGCACAGAACAGGAAGCUUUCCUACCUUUGCGGCGAUGGAAAAUUCCACCCUUGCCCCAUGUCUGAUCUGGUCGUCGUCGGGCGGCAAGACGAAGCGAGCCGGCAAUAGGAAAGCAACCAACACAGAUACCCAACGGCAUCGAUAA